UGGUGUCUUCCUGGGUUUCCUAGACGCCUUCACCUCUACCUAGAGAGGUGGAAGUUAGCCAGUCCUAGCACGGGAUCCCUGCUCCGCCCCGAGCUGCCCUCUUCCAACAUGGCGCCCCAGGAGGCGGGUCCCACUUGUCGGCUCCCCGGGUUCCGGCGCCAUCGCGUUUUGGUUCCGGAGUAACAGCGGUCUAGCGGCCGCCUUCCUCCUUUUCUCGCCGCCACCUCCGCUACCAGGACGCGGGCCUCAGUCGGCCGAUCCCGAACGCGCCGCGCUCUCCGGUUCCAGCUGCGGCCUGGGACCCGCUCUCUGACCCCGCGGCCCUGGGCCCCACUGCCUGGUGGAGGGCAGGCGGCACCGGUGCACCUCUGAAACAGCCCCGACCCACCCCGCGGCGCCCGGCCACCCUCCCCUUGCCCGCCAAGCCACUCAGGACGGCAGGACUCUGGCCGCCGUACCUGCCUUAAACCAGGCCUUUGCUCUGCUGUCUCCUCUUACCCACAAGGACUACAAAAUGCAUGUGGGUUCUGUUUUGUCCACUUUUGUAACUCCAGGACCUUCCGCUCUCUACUAAUUCCUCUUGGCCCGUACUCAUUCCCCAGUGCAUCCUCUCCCAGAGACACUCCACACGACCCGGGCCUGGUUCAGGGCCUGCAAGCUCCCUCCUGAUCGCCCCUCUUCACUUCUCCCCACCUUCCUGCUCCCUGCUCAUCGCCUGUCUUCUGUCUAUCGUUCCCCUUGUCACUUCUUGGGGCUCCUAAGUAGGGGCCGGUCGGUACCCCUUGCCCCAGGAUGUGAGACCCUUUAACCUGUAAUGCUGUGGCUGGCCCUUGGCCCCUUCUGUGCCAUGGAGAACCAGGUGCUGGUGAUUCGGAUCAAGAUUCCAAAUAGUGGCGCGGUGGACUGGACGGUGCACUCUGGGCCGCAGUUACUCUUCAGGGAUGUGCUGGAUGUGAUAGGCCAGGUUCUGCCUGAAGCGACGACAACAGCAUUUGAAUAUGAAGAUGAAGAUGGUGAUAGGAUUACAGUAAGAAGCGAUGAAGAGAUGAAGGCAAUGCUGUCCUACUAUUAUUCCACAGUAAUGGAACAGCAAGUAAAUGGCCAGCUAAUCGAGCCACUGCAGAUAUUUCCAAGAGCCUGCAAGCCUCCUGGGGAACGGAACAUACAUGGCCUGAAGGUGAAUACACGGGCUGGACCAUCUCAACAUGCCAGCCCUGUGGUCUCAGAUUCGCUUCCAAGCAAUAGCUUGAAGAAGUCCUCAGCUGAACUGAGAAAGAUACUGGCCAACGGCCAGAUGAAUGAACAAGACAUACGGUAUCGAGACACCCUUGGUCAUGGCAACGGAGGCACAGUCUACAAAGCACAUCAUGUUCCAAGUGGGAAAAUUUUAGCUGUAAAGGUUAUUCUGUUAGAUAUUACACUGGAGCUUCAGAAGCAGAUCAUGUCUGAGUUGGAAAUUCUUUAUAAGUGUGACUCAUCGUAUAUCAUAGGAUUUUACGGGGCAUUUUUUGUAGAAAACAGGAUUUCAAUUUGUACAGAAUUCAUGGAUGGGGGGUCUUUGGAUGUAUAUAGGAAAAUUCCAGAGCACGUCCUUGGAAGAAUUGCAGUAGCAGUUGUUAAAGGCCUUACCUAUCUGUGGAGUUUAAAGAUUUUACACAGAGAUGUGAAGCCUUCCAACAUGCUCGUAAACACAGGCGGACAGGUCAAGCUGUGUGACUUUGGUGUGAGCACACAGCUGGUGAAUUCUAUAGCCAAGACGUAUGUUGGAACAAAUGCUUAUAUGGCACCAGAAAGAAUUUCAGGAGAGCAGUAUGGAAUCCAUUCUGACGUGUGGAGCUUAGGAAUCUCUUUCAUGGAGCUUGCUCUUGGGAGGUUUCCGUAUCCUCAGAUUCAGAAAAACCAGGGAUCUUUAAUGCCUCUCCAGCUUCUGCAGUGCAUUGUUGAUGAGGUCCCACCCUCUCUCCGGCCAGCUAGUGGAACUGCCAGUGGAUGGAGACUGAGAACUAGGAAGUUUGACGGGAACUCUCUCCAGGGGUCUGUUGAUCCUACAUGGUCCACAGCUUGGGAAAGAGUGUGCACAGAGCAAAUAAGCAUAGCCGCAUGUAGGAUGACUCCUACAGGACCCCUGCUGUCAUGGGAUUCGCCUGUCCUUCCGCUUGGAGAGUUCUCGGAGCCCUUCGUACAUUUCAUCACUCAGUGCAUGAGGAAACAGCCCAAGGAAAGACCGGCGCCCGAGGAGCUGAUGGGUCACCCAUUCAUCGUGCAAUUCAAUGAUGGAAACUCCACUGUGGUGUCCAUGUGGGUGUGCAGAGCUCUAGAGGAGAGGCGGAGCCAGCAGGGGCCCCCAUGAGACCUCAGCAGGACACUGACCACCGAGGACCAGUCAUCACGACACAGCAAGCUGAGACCCCUCUGUCUGUUGUACUGGCCCAGCCUCCUGCUCAAACCUCCUGCCCUACCUAGAGAGCCCUCAAGAGGGCUAGCCUCUGCUGAGCGGGGGAGGGGCACUGACUAUGGCAAGUGGUGAUGGUGCAGGGUGGGGGCGAUGAGGUUAUAAAAAUAUAGGACCUCCUCUGGCCUCACCCCCUUAUCUUUCCCUACUGUUCAUUGUAAAGGGUCAGGCCCUAUCAGCAGCACUGCUGGGAAUAAAAGUCUGAUUGCUUUGGA